AUGUACUCUCGUGAUGAAACUGUCAAUUCUAUCCUGAGGUUCUAUCAAACGGUUAUCCGCCACCCAUAUUUAAACAACGCCACACUCAUUAUUCCGCCUGUUAACGGCUGGAACUCGAUCAAAAUAGAAGGCAAAAACGGAGCAGUCCUAGACUUACUUUGUCACCUCCCAUACCUCCGCCCAGAGAAUGCAUCUGAAGAACUCAUUAUUCACUCGGAAACCAUCCCAAUCUGUUACUUGGAGAACCAAGAUAGACUGCUAUUCUAUCCCCUCCCUGCCCACUGCAUCUACCUCGCCCGUGCCGAAUCGUAUCUCGGCACAUCUUUGAUUCUCGACACUAACGAAGGCACUAUAACUGAAUUUUGUCAAACAGGAUCCCAUAUUACAAUACCUUACGAAGCCUACGAGGCUCUACCUAAAGCAGAGAAAUGGAAAGCUCACUGUACAACACCUAUCAUGGAAUUGUUAGACAAUUGGACAAAGAGAUAUGAGGAAUUAGUGUGGAUGUUAGUACCGAACCCAAUUAGUCAACCAGUGACAGGGAGGUUUUAUAGUCGUGCUAUAUCAAGUACUGAGGAGGAACUUAUACAAAAAGGGCAAUUAGAGCUAUGGCAUACUCAAGAUGAUAGGAGUGAUGAUGAUGAUACGGAGGAGGAUGAGCUUGAUAUGGAGCAGUUUAAGGCGAGGAAGAGGGAGAGAAAGCAUGUAGUGGAUGUUUAUAAUACAUACCUCCGCUAUGGAUGGCUAUAUCACUUCGACAAGGAGGGAUGCAAAGCUGAAUUGUUAGAGCUAGAGAAGAGGAAGGAUGCAGAUGAGAUGCAGCAAAUGGCUGAAGCGAAUCCUGAUGCAGCACUGUUCGACUGA